GCUCUGUGUAUCUGAAGCAGAACGUUUUAAGUCACAGGUAUGACUGCCACAGUCCCAGAGGGGUUUGACUUGGUUUUUUUUUGGAGGGAGGGGCAAGUCUCACUUUGUAGCCUUGGCUGCCAUGCAGCUCUGUGUAGACCAGGCUGGCUCCAAAUUCUUAGAUCCGCUCUACUCUGUCUCAAGUGCUGUGAUUAAAGGUGUGUGCCAUCAAACCCUGCUGCCUUUUUUGUUUGUGUGUGUGUGUAGUGUUUUGUUUUGUACUGUCUUGGAAUGUUAAGUCUUAUUAACAAUCCCCUAGUGAUGUCAAGGGUGUAUCUCACCCCAGCCAAUUUCUAGGUCCCUGGGUGGUUGCAAUGGCCAUACAGAUGUCCCUCCAUCCUGGGUGUAUAACCUGACGACCUCAGGCUGUAGGUCUGCCGCCAAGAUCAGCACACCUAUGUCUCUUGGGCCCAAGAGGGCUCCCAACCUCUGUAAACUUCCCAGACUGAAUUAUGAAACUUGGGAGACAGAACCCCGUCCUCAUGAGUGCCUCAGCUCAGUUCAGUCCCUGGAACCUGUGGUCUGGGCUCCCUGCCAACAUGUCUGUCUGUCUGUCUGUCUGCUCUUCAGCACUGCUCUCCUGUGUACCCUAGAUAGGUAGAAGCAGUAGGUCUCUAAGCCAGUAUGUGUGCUCUGUAGAGCUAGUCCAACCAAGCCAUGCUUAGCCAGAGCCCUGGGGCUAGUGCAGCAGGCCUCCUCCCUUCCACAGGCAGAAUAGGCCAAAAGGGUCUUCGAGCUAGUGCAGAAGAAGAGGCCUGACACCCUGGGAAACCUGCCCUCAGGCAGGAUGGUGCUUGGAUCGUUCUAAAAAUGCACUUUAAAAAAAUCUUCGAACCAGUGACAGGAAUGGUGGCUAACACUUGUAACCCCCGCACCCCCAGCACCCAGGAGGCCGGGGUUGUCGGAGGCUUCCUACCCGGGAAGAAACAUUGAAUUAUACUGUAAGGUCCUGUCCUUGAUCUCAAGGCUCUGUCCAGUUGGGACCCUGCAAAAACUCAGCCAUACCUGGCACCUGCUUCCACCCAGCCCUUCCUGAGGCUUUCCGCUGCGUGUCCUCUGAUAGCUUCUCCCUAGUCUUAGCUCUUUACUUGGCAACCUCUUCCUCCGAGCGGGCCCCCCAGCCUCACUCAGUCUCCUUCCAGGUCCCUGGUGCCUCCCCGUCUGUGACCUCCUUGCCCCUUCCUCCACAAUAGCAGUACAUGGAGCAGGAAAGGGGGUACCACUAAACAUGUGGGAGAUCUAGCUGCAGGCCUCCUAGGCACACAGAGCAUCAGCCCCUCCCAAGAUGUAAACUCCUCCCCCAUGCAGUCAGCCUCUUCUGGGGCUGAGGGUGGGGUGAGGCCACUGCCACUACCUCUGGUGACCUCAUGGCCAGCUGGCAUUAUGAUGUCACUGGCCUAGCAUUCUGAGUUGAGCUACUGCAUGUGGGGCACUCCCCUGGGGGCCUGUGACAGCUCACCCCUGACCACGAAGAGGUGACAGGCAUGAGUUCAGACGUUCUCACGUGGACACCUGACCAUGUGCCUGCCCUGAGUGAGACCCACCAGACGUCUCGAUUGUGGGCAAUAGGGCUACACACUCAUCUGUGAGCCCCCAGCAGUUAGCAGGCUCUCCCAGCAGUGGGGUCUGGGCCUCGGCCCCACCAUGUCGAGCCUCGGCGGUGGCUCCCAGGACACCGGUGGUAGUAGCAGCGGCAACAGUAGCACCAAUAGCAGCAGUGGCAGUGGCCCAAAGGCAGGAGGAACAGACAAAAGUACCACAGUGGCUGCGACCGCACCAACCUCAGUGGCAGAUGAUGCCCCGCCCCCUGAGCGUCGGAACAAGAGUGGCAUCAUCAGUGAACCCCUCAACAAGAGCCUGCGUCGGUCCCGUCCACUCUCCCACUACUCUUCCUUUGGUAGCAGUGGUGGCAGCGGAAGCAUGAUAGGGGGGGAGUCUGCUGACAAGGCAGCCGCAGCUGCAGCCGCAGCCUCCCUAUUGGCCAAUGGUCAUGACCUGGCUGCGGCCAUGGCCAUGGACAAAAGCAACCCUACCUCAAAGCACAAAAGCGGUGCUGUGGCCAGCCUGCUGAGCAAGGCGGAGCGGGCCACGGAGCUGGCAGCCGAGGGACAGCUGACGCUGCAGCAGUUCGCACAGUCCACGGAGAUGCUAAAGCGCGUGGUGCAGGAACACCUGCCCCUGAUGAGCGAGGCAGGUGCUGGCCUGCCUGACAUGGAGGCUGUGGCUGGCGCCGAGGCCCUCAACGGCCAGUCCGACUUCCCCUAUCUGGGCGCAUUCCCCAUCAACCCAGGCCUCUUCAUCAUGACCCCAGCUGGUGUGUUCCUGGCUGAGAGCGCGCUGCACAUGGCUGGCCUGGCCGAGUACCCCAUGCAGGGAGAGCUGGCUUCCGCCAUCAGCUCAGGCAAGAAGAAGCGGAAACGCUGCGGCAUGUGUGCGCCCUGCCGGAGGCGCAUCAACUGCGAGCAGUGCAGCAGUUGUAGGAACCGAAAGACUGGCCAUCAGAUUUGCAAAUUCAGAAAGUGUGAGGAACUCAAAAAGAAGCCUUCCGCUGCUUUGGAGAAGGUGAUGCUUCCGACGGGAGCCGCCUUCCGGUGGUUUCAGUGACGGCCGGGAACCCAAAGCUGCCCUCUCCGUGCAAUGUCACUGCUCGCGUGGUCUCCGGCAAGGGAUUCGGGCGAAGACAAACGGAUACACCCGUCUUUAGAACCAAAAAUAUUCUCUCACAGAUUUCAUUCCUGUUUUUAUAUAUAUAUAUUUUUUGUUGUCAUUUUAACAUCUCCACGUCCCUAGUAUAAAAAGAAAAAGAAAAAAUUUAACUGCUUUUUCAGAAGAAGAACAACAAAAGAGGUAAAGCGAAUCUACAAAGUACCGAGACUUCCUGGACAAAGAAUGGACAAUCAGUCUCCUUCCUGUGUCAAUGUCAAUGUUGUCUGUGCAGGAGAUGCCGUUUUGUGUAGAGAAUGUAAAUUUUCUGUAACCUUUUGCAAUCUAGUUACUAAUAAGCACUACUGUAAUUUAGCACAGUUUAACUCCACUCUCGUUUUAAACUUCCUUUGAUUCUUUCCAACCAUGAAAUAGUGCAUAGUUUGCCUGGAGAAUCCACUCACGUUUAUAAAGAGAAUGUUGAUGGCACUGUGUAGAAGCCCCUCUGUAUCCAUCCACAUGUGCAGAGCUACAGCCAGAGCCCACUGGGACUGGAGUUCCCGUCCCAGGCCCAGCCUUGUUGCACCCACUGUCCCCUGGCUGGGACCCCCUACCCCAACAGUGACAGAUCUUGGAGAGAUGAGGAUUCUAUUCAUUUGUUGAUCCGCUGAGAUCUGGGGAGCCCGCAUCUCAAUUCUGGCUACUUCCCCUAGAGAAAAUAAGCCCUCUUUUCUCAGCCUUGCUCUCAGCAACAGAAGAAAGGGCUUCUCCGGGUCCCUCACCUACCUCCCGGUAGGGGUGGGUGCCCAGGGGGCUCCCUACCCGUGGCCAGCUCCCUGCUGAGGAACAUGCUGUUUGUAUUGUUUUAGGAGACCAGGCUGUUUUGUGAAUAAAAUUGAAUGCAUGUUUGUGUCCUGA